CUGCCUGUGGAAGAACCGAUCGUGUCCACAGAUGAGGUCAUUUUCCCACUCACUGUUUCACUGGACAGACUGCCCCCAGGGACACCCAAGGCCAAGAUUGUAGUGACCGUGUGGAAGCGGGAGGUCGAGGCACCAGAAGUCAGGGAUCAAGGCUACCUGCGCUUGCUACAGACUCGAUCUCCUGGGGAGACUUUCCGUGUUGAACAGAGCGCCUUCAAGGCCCAAGUGAGCACCUUGCUGACGCUGCUUCCCCCUCCAGUUCUGAAAUGCCGGCAGUUCACUGUGGCUGGAAAACACUUGACUGUGCUCAAGGUGCUGAACAGCUCUUCCCAGGAAGAGAUCUCCAUCUGGGAUAUCCGAAUCCUCCCCAACUUCAAUGCCAGUUAUCUACCUGUCAUGCCUGAUGGCUCUGUACUUCUGGUGGACAACGUCUGUCACCAGUCUGGGGAAGUCUCCAUGGGCUCCUUCUGUCGGCUUCCUGGUACCUCUGGCUACUUCCCUUGUCCACUUAGUGCCCUGGAGGAACACAACUUCCUGUUUCAGCUGAGAGGGGGGGAGCAGCCCCCUCCUGGGGCCAAGGAGGGUCUUGAAGUCCCCUUGAUUGCCGUGGUUCAGUGGUCCACCCCCAAACUACCCUUCACCCAGAGCAUCUACACCCACUACCGCCUGCCCAGUGUCCGCCUAGACCGCCCCUGCUUUGUGAUGACUGCUUCUUGUGAAUCCCCUGUUCGGACCUACGAGCGGUUCACUGUCACCUACACGCUGCUCAACAACCUCCAAGACUUCCUUGCUGUGAGGCUUGUGUGGACCCCGGAACACGCACAGGCUGGAAAGCAACUGUGUGAGGAAGAACGACGGGCUAUGCAGGCAGCCCUAGAUUCCAUCGUCUGCCACACACCUCUCAAUAACCUCGGCUUCUCCCGGAAAGGCAGUGCACUUACCUUCAGUGUGGCCUUCCAGGCCCUGAGGACGGGGCUCUUUGAGCUGAGCCAGCACAUGAAACUGAAGCUCCAGUUCACUGCCAGUGUGUCCCACCCUCCACCUGAGGCCCGGCCCCUGUCUCGCAAGAGUAGCCCCAGCAGCCCUGCUGUCCGGGACCUGGUGGAGAGGCACCAGGCCAGCCUAGGCCGCUCUCAGUCCUUCUCCCACCAACAGCCUUCCCGUAGCCACCUCAUGAGGUCUGGCAGUGUGAUGGAACGCAGGGCCAUCACACCCCCUGUGGCCUCCCCUGUGGGUCGUCCCCUCUACUUGCCCCCGGACAAGGCUGUGCUUUCUCUAGACAAGAUUGCCAAGCGCGAGUGUAAAGUCCUGGUGGUAGAACCCGUCAAGUAGCACCAAUCUGCUUGCUCAGCUCUGUACACUCCAGAAACCCUAAGCCCCCGGAGGGCUCCUUGUUCCUAGGCUGUGCCUCCCACUGUAGGCAGAGAGGCCAUGCAGGGCUGCCUGUCUGUGUCUGCUGGUGAGAGAUGAGGGCAGAAGCUGUGAAACGGCUCGGCCAACAGUAGUCCCUGAGUUCCCGUGGGGGGGCUGGCCCCACCCCAGCAGGGCAAGGGCUGCAGGCGCCCCCUUGCCCCAUCCUUUACCUUGUCCCGAGUUUACAGUGUAUUUCAUUCCUGUUCAAUCCUCUCUGCCUCUGAAGUCCCCUUCCACCCACCCACAGGGCUGAGAUUAGAGGGUGGUAGUGGUAAAGGGACCCCGACAAUGACUCACUCUCCUGUCUCAGGGGUUGGGGACAUAGCUAGGUGGCCUCUUUCUGCCCCUCAUGUUUACGUUGGCAGCCUAAAGCACUUUAAGUUCUGUUUUCUUGGGUUUUGUUUUUUUGUCUGUUCCUGUAACUUAUUCUCUGACUACAUCAUCCACCUGAAAUAAAAGUAUUAAAAGCUGUUCAGGA